AUGGCCACAGGAACAAUAUUACAGAAAGCGAUUGAUUUGGUGACAAAAGCCACUGAGGAAGACAGGAAUAAAAAUUACGAAGAAGCUCUCAAGUAUUACGAGCAUGCUGUUGAAUAUUUUCUUCAUUCGAUUAAAUAUGAAGCCCAAGGUGAAAGAGCGAAAGAGAGUAUUCGCCAGAAAUGUCAGCAGUAUCUCGACAGAGCCGAGAAGCUAAAAGCAUACUUGAAGAAAGGAAAGAAGAAACCAGUUGCUGCUGGUGAUGAAGGAACUAAGGAGGAGAAAAAAAGUGACAGUGGAGAUAGUGACACUGACAGUGAUCCUGAAAAGAAGAAAUUACAGUCACGUCUUGAGGGAGCUAUUGUUAUCGAGCGACCCAAUGUUAAGUGGAGUGACGUCGCUGGAUUAGAUCUCGCAAAAGAAGCGCUUAAGGAAGCUGUUAUUUUGCCUAUUAAGUUUCCACAUCUUUUUACUGGCAAACGGAUACCUUGGAAGGGUAUUCUUCUCUUUGGUGUAACUAAAGCAGUAGCAACUGAAGCAAACAAUUCAAAUUUCCUCUCGGUUUCAUCAUCUGAUUUGGUAAGCAAGUGGCUCGGUGAAUCUGAGAAGCUUGUUAAAAAUUUAUUCGAACUAGCAAGACAGCGUAAACCAAGUAUUAUAUUUAUUGAUGAAGUUGAUUCACUUUGUUCAUCACGUUCAGAUAAUGAAUCUGAGUCAGCACGACGAAUUAAAACUGAAUUUUUGGUUCAAAUGCAAGGUGUUGGAAAUGACAAUGAUGGAAUACUAGUUUUGGGAGCUACAAAUAUCCCGUGGGUCCUAGAUGCCGCUAUCAGAAGACGAUUUGAGAAGCGAAUAUACAUAAGCUUACCCGAAGAGCACGCUCGCGCAACUAUGUUUAAACUUCACUUGGGAGACACUCCACACACUCUUACAGAGGACGAUUUCAAGCAGCUAGCAGCCCUCACAGAAGGUUACUCCGGUGCUGACAUCGGAAUAAUCGUAAGAGAUGCUUUGAUGCAGCCGGUGAGACUCGUUCAAACUGCAACGCACUUCAAACGCGUAAGUGGUCCCUCGCCCAAAGAUCGCAAUGUUAUUGUCGAUGACUUGCUCACUCCCUGCUCGCCUGGAGAUCCUGAUGCUAUCGAGAUGAACUGGCUUGAAGUAGAGAGUGAUAAGCUUUGUGAGCCUUUGGUAACAAUGAAAUAUAUGCUAAAGUCUCUAUCAACAACCCGUCCGACAGUCAACGAAGAAGAUAUGGCGAAGUUAGAGAAAUUCAAAGAAGAUUUUGGACAGGAAGGAUAA